AUGGCUAGGGGGCAGGUCGCCGCUGGAUGUCCGCUUGUGUCAGUGGCUACUUCAGAUCACUCGAUGGAGUCAGAGGCAAUGGUGCGCAGGGACAGGAAGGAGGAGAAGGACACCGACGCCAUCCUCGAUGGCCCAGAACCAAAGCUGGCUCACCGCGUUGGCGCGCUCAUGGCGAUUGCUGUGGCUCUCUUUGUCCUUAGCGCCUUCGGUGUAUGGCUAGUCUCUGGACCAGGCGCUGGCGCCAACGCCAACGCCGACGCCAGCACCGACAGCUCCCUAGAAAGUGCCGCCGUUCGUGUCUCCCAGCGUGAUGGCUCGACAGGAUCACACUUUCAUGACCGUGUUGACGGCAGCACCAAACGCGUUAGCGAGACGGCGAGCGAUGGCCCUGGCGCUGCUGGAGGCAGAAGUGCUUGCGACGAUCCGCCGUGCACCUCACAGAGCUGGAAUGUAUGGCGCAACGUGCAGAAUGAACUCGACAGUGCCUAUCUUGCCAUGCCCUGGGUCACGUCCACGACGACAACUAUCUCGACCACGACCACGACCACGACAACGACAACCUGGUGCAUGGAUGCCAUCGAGGGAGAUGCCUGCUACAGGGAAGUUGUGGAGGCGAUGCAUGCGAUCCAUGUCGACCCGAACUCAUUCGAAGGCUUGAAUGUGUGGUCUUCUUUCGAAGAGGUGCAGGAUUAUCUGUACCACCAGAGCUUCGGUGCGAUCGGCAACGAGAGCGGCGGGUCCAACGCGACUGCUUGCUGGAAGAGUUGCCCAUGCCAGACGGCGAGAGCUGGCACAUAA